AUGCCUGUAGUGGCUUUUGUCUUGGUGCUUAACCGAAUUUUCUCGCGUUUGAACAUGCUGGGCAGACUGGGACUGGACGACUAUUCGACCUUACUUGCUGUAUUCUUCAUCACACAAUGUGGUGCAACUAUUGCCGCAGUGAACCAUGGUUACGGAAGGCCAUUGGAAACGCUAGACUCACAGCAAGCUUCUCAGGCAUUGAAGGUGAGACUCCAGUUUGAUCCAGUGGCCCAGCACGCAACUAACGCGAGUUUCAUGAAGUCCUUCUUCCUCCUCCAGAUAUUUUAUAAGCUCACUAUCAAUUGCACGAAGAUAUCGAUCCUGUUCCUCUACCGACGCAUCUUCACCGAUCGCGUUUGGUUUGUUCGGCUGUGCUGGGCAUUGAUAUUAGUAGUGGUAUGCGCAUGCGUUUCCUUCACCGCGGCAACACUACUGCAAUGUGACCCGAUCAGUGGAGCCUGGGAACGUUGGAAAGGCAAUGUCACUUGCGUCGACCUGUAUGCACUUUGGUAUAGCAACGCCAUCUACAAUAUUCUGACGGAUGUUACAAUCGUUCUCAUGGUUCCUCCGGUGGUCCUCAGACUUAGGCUACCGGCGCGGCAGAAGUUCGCGUUGAUUUGUGUCUUUGGUCUGGGCGUUAUCGUCUGUGUGGCAUCGAUCUCACGCCUCACGACGCUGUACUCUUCAGCUUCUGGCUCGGAUGCCACUGCCGGGUCGUUUGUAUCAACUAUAUGGACAACUAUCGAGGCCGGCCUGGGUAUCAUAUGUGCAAACUUACCGAUGCUUCGCACUCCCCUGCAGAGGAUGUUCCCCAAACUGUUUCCCUCCAGGCCAGGAACCAGUCAAGUGUCGGGGCCAUCCGGGAGAGGCAAUUCUGGUGAGGGCCAUACUCUCGUUCUUGCAGCCAAAAUCCACGCGGCGGAUAACAGCCUCAUUUUACCUCUACAGACCUCCAGCACAGGCAUCAACCCUGAAAAUUUUGUGAAUGCAAACAGCAGCAUGGAAGAUACUUUGUUCUACACUCCGCCAGCGCCAAAUGGACGCGGAGAAACAUCACCGACUCGCAUGAGGGCAUGCUGA